AUGUGCCUCGAGCAAGUAGGAGCGAGGCCAUCUUCCCUGCCGGGAAUGAAUGUGCCAGUUGUCGUCGUCAUGCCCCUUCCACACCUGCAUCCCUUUCUCCUCUCGCCCGCCCCUCUCCUCCACUCUCUCUCUCCCUGCAGGGAGGAGCGACCGCGCGCUCGCCACGUCCAUUGGGCGGAUCUCCUUUCACGCUGCGCGUGCAAGGCCUUCGAUCCCACUCCGCGUGUGUGCGUGUGUGUGUGUGAGGCACGGGCGGCCAGCACACAGGAUCCAGGACCCUCCAGGGUGGAACUUGGUGGUUUUCUCUGUCCCACAAACCUGAGCCUUUCAGCCUCCCCUCCUCCUUCUUUCUCUCUGGCCCAUUCCCGCCGUUCGGGAUUCCGGGACGUGUGGGGACACACGCGUCAAGGCCGAUACGUGCCCCCCUGCAGGUGGCAUUAUUCUCUCCAGGCUGCUUUCCCCCCUCCCCCCUCCCCCCCUCUCCCUCUCCUCUCCGCUUUUCGACCUUCUUCCCCCCCCCCCUCAAAAAUGAGCCUGCGAGAACGUGCAAUGCCGGGCAUUCCGUUCUUGUUUCCUCCCCCUGGGCCGGAGUGGCUCAUGCGUGUGUGUGGGUGA